AUGGAGGCACAAAGUGAACGAUGUUUAUCUCCUAUUUAUUCUCCUCCUGUUAUUAUAACUCCAGAUAACUCAAGUUAUCCGACCAAACUCCGUGCUAAGAAAAUUCAUUCCCGGACUUCAUUGGCCACCGAUCGAUUUUCCUGCAUUUCUUUUCUCACCACCAGCCACCGUAGCGAUUACUCUGUUUGGAUUCCAAGAUGGCGAAGCUUGCCGUGUAAUUUGGAAGAAGAAAUCUUUUACGACGAUUGCCCAGAAUUUCUCAAAGCCUGGUCUCGAUAUCGCAUCACUAAUAUGACUCGUCGGUAUAAAACGAUGGAUUAUAUCCAUAUGGUACUCGACGAUACAAGCAGAGAAAUCUAUACAGAAAUAGACGGUUGCUGCAGCGGUGACCUGUCAGCCUCUGUGGGGCUAUCAGUGAGUAGGGACUUACUAAACAGUCCCGCCGAUUUUACGGAAACUGGCUCUGGCAUUGUACCGCGGAGCGCCUCUGACGAAAACAUACAAUAUUAUGAUCAGGAAUUUGAUAAACAGUGGAACCUGACUCAAAUGAAUUUGAGUUAUGCUUUCCCAUCCUCUCGCUCUUGUUCCAGUGAAAAUCUUAACGCAGAGCAAAAAACUUUCAACAGGAUCGAAAAAUGGUUACGGAAAUGUAAUAGUGGAACGAACCGCCAGUGA